GCACCGCAACGGCCGCGCCGGGGUUGUUGUUGGUAACGGCCAAGAUGGCGGAGGCGGCGCGGCCGCCCCUGCCCGACUCGGUGCUGCUGCAGGUCCUGGCGCUGCUGCCGCUGCGGGACCGGCUGCGAGCGGCCAGGGUCUGCCGGCGGUGGCAACAGCUGGCGCAGGACCGAGCGGUCUGGACACAUGUGGAUCUGAGCCCUCACCGGAUCACCCGCCGCACCCUGUGGCACCUGGUCCGCCACCGCCUCCCUGACAGCCUGUGCACCCUGCGGAUGCGGGGCACGCCCCGCUCCCUCGGCAAGCAGCGGCUCCUCUCCCCGGCACUGCUGGCUGCCCUCCGCAAGCACUGUCCCCAGCUCCAUCGCCUGUGCCUGACCGAGACAGACCUCCGCCACGUCCCUUACGAGAGCAUCCCCUCUUCUGUCACCACACUGGAGCUGAACCUCUGCGACAUUCCCGAUGCCUGGUUCUGCGUCUCCCCUUUGGUGCCACCACCACAGGUACAACACCUUGCUAUCCACAGCAUUCCCACCUUUUCUGACCAUCAUCUUCUUGACAUUUCCUCACAGAACCACCUGAAGACACUGAGCCUUUGUGGCACCUACCGCAUCACUGAUAUGGGGAUCCAAGCAGCAGCUCCACACCUGGAGGAGCUGGAACGCCUGAUUCUCCGCCACUGCAUCAUCGGUGAUGCUGCCAUGGUAUUCAUUGGGCGCCACAUGAAGCAGCUCCGCUACCUGGAAAUCAGCAAUGCCUACUUCCUGACAAACAGGGGGCUGGUUUCUAUUGCAACACUGGAGCACCUGGAGACCCUGUGCCUCAACCUCUAUGAUUUGGUCUCCCUUGGUACUGUUAUUGCUUUGUUGCAAGUGCUGCCUCGCCUGAACCACCUCAAACUAGGCGGAACUUGCUUUGAAGAUGAAGUCCUCCAUAAAAUUCAGGAGAAUUUUCCACAUUGCGCUAUAUCUCACACUCCUUGACAACCGGAAAUGUUAUCCUUCCUUACUACACUUGAAGUGCUCCUUUUUUGGAUAAAGCCUGAUUUCUUCUACAUA